CUCAGCACCGUUUCUGCAAAGAACCAGCCCACCAACCAAAAAAAAUAAACUCCUAAAAUGGCAUUCAAGUUCGUGUUCGCCCUCGCCUUCGUCGCCGUGGCCAGCGCCGGUUACGCCCCCAUUGCCGCCCCCCAGCUGUACCACGCGGCCCCCGCGGUGGCCACCUACGCCCACGCCCCCGUCGCUGUGGCCCAGAAGGUCGUGGUCAAGGCCGCCGAGGAGUACGACCCCACCCCCCAGUACCGCUUCUCGUACGGAGUCGACGACAAGCUGACCGGCGACAACAAGGGGCAGGUGGAGGAGCGCGACGGAGAUGUGGUCCGCGGAGAGUACUCCCUGAUCGACGCCGACGGCUACAAGAGGACCGUGCAGUACACCGCCGACCCCAUCAACGGAUUCAACGCCGUGGUGAACCGUGAGCCCCUCGUCAAGGCCGUCGCCGUUGCCCCGGUUGUGAAGACCAUCGCCGCCCCCGUCGCCCACUACGCCGCCCCCUCUGUGGCCCACUACGCCGCCCCUGCUGUUGUGAAGACCGUGGCUCCAGUUGCCCACUAUGCCGCCCCCGCUGCCUACACCUCCUACGCCGCCCCUGCUGUCGUGAAGACCGUGGCCCCCGUGGCCCACUAUGCUGCCCCCGCCGUGGUCAAGACCGUGGCUCCAGUGGCCCACUACGCCGCCCCCGCUGCCUACGCCUCCUACGCCGCCCCUGCUGUCGCCUACCACCACUGAGAACUGACAUCCCCACUCCCAAAUCCCUUAUUGUUAUAG